CGGCGGUCAUGAGCAAGGCCCGAGCGGAGCCCCGCGGGGCAGGAUGCUGCGGCUCCGUGGCGCAGUACCUGAGCUCGGCCAAGUUCCUUCUCUACCUGGGCCACUCGCUGUCCACUUGGGGAGACCGGAUGUGGCACUUUGCCGUGUCUGUGUUCUUGGUAGAGCUCUAUGGAAACAGCCUCCUCUUGACUGCAGUCUAUGGGCUGGUGGUGGCAGGGUCUGUUCUGGUCCUCGGAGCCAUCAUUGGUGAUUGGGUGGACAAGAAUGCCAGACUCAGAGUGGCUCAGACUUCGCUGGUGGUACAGAAUGUUUCGGUCAUCCUGUGCGGGAUCAUUCUGAUGAUGGUUUUCUUAAAUAAAAACGAGCUUCUGACCAUGUACCAUGGAUGGGUUCUUACUUCCUGCUACAUCUUGAUCAUCACUAUUGCCAAUAUUGCCAAUUUGGCCAGCACUGCCACUGCCAUCACCAUCCAGAGGGACUGGAUUGUCGUUGUUGCGGGAGGAGACAGAAGCAAAUUAGCAGAUAUGAAUGCAACAAUCCGGAGAAUUGACCAGUUAACCAACAUCCUGGCCCCCAUGGCUGUUGGCCAGAUUAUGACGUUUGGCUCUGCAGUCAUUGGCUGUGGUUUCAUUUCGGGGUGGAAUUUGGUGUCCAUGUGUGUGGAGUACUUUCUGCUCUGGAAGGUUUAUCAGAAAACACCUGCUCUAGCUGUGAAAGCUGCACUUAAAGUAGAGGAAGCUGAAUUAAAACAGCUGAAUUUACAGAAAGAAACUGAGCCAAAAUCCCUGGAGGGAACUCAUCUCAUGGGUGAGAAAAGCCCUGCUGUCCAUGAGCUUGAAGACGAGCAAGAGCCCAGCUGCGCCUCCCAGAUGGCGGAGCCCUUCCGCACCUUCCGGGACGGAUGGGUUUCUUACUACAACCAGCCGGUGUUUCUGGCGGGCAUGGGCCUCGCGUUCCUCUAUAUGACUGUGCUGGGCUUUGACUGUAUCACCACAGGGUACGCCUACACUCAGGGGCUGAGCGGGUCUCUCCUCAGUAUUUUGAUGGGGGCCUCUGCCAUCACUGGAAUCAUGGGAACCGUGGCUUUUACUUGGCUCCGGAGAAAAUGUGGCCUGGUUCGGACUGGUCUGAUCUCAGGAUUUGCACAGCUUUCCUGUUUGAUCUUGUGUGUCAUCUCCGUGUUCAUGCCUGGAAGCCCCUUGGACUUGUCUGUUUCUCCUUUUGAAGAUAUCCGUUCUAGGUUCAUUCAAACGGAGCCACUGUCCACGAUGAGCCCUACGAAAAUACCUGAAAUCAUCCUAACAACUGAAAUACACGUGUCAAACGGGUCUGCCCCUGCCAAUAUCGUCCCACAGAUGAGUCCUAAAUCCGUGCCCAUAAUCUCUGUCAGUCUGCUGUUCGCAGGCGUCAUUGCUGCUAGAAUUGGUCUUUGGUCCUUUGAUUUAACUGUGACACAGCUGCUGCAAGAAAAUGUAAUUGAGUCUGAACGAGGCAUUAUCAACGGGGUCCAGAACUCCAUGAACUACCUUCUCGAUCUUCUGCAUUUCAUCAUGGUCAUCCUGGCUCCGAAUCCUGAAGCUUUUGGCUUGCUCGUGCUGAUUUCAGUCUCCUUUGUGGCUAUGGGCCACAUCAUGUAUUUUCGAUUCGCCCAGAAAACUCUGGGCAGCAAGCUUUUUGCCUGUGGUGCUGAGGAAAAAGAAGUCUCGAAUGAAAACCCAGCGAACACAUCCGUUGUGUGAGACAGCGGAGCUGGGGCCGCCUCCGCCGGGUUAGAUCGCGCGCUCGCUGCUUUCCUGCUUCAGCCUGUCCGUGCGCCGCGAGGCCCUUCUCUGGUUCCCCCUUGUGCUGUGAGGGCUGAAAGCUAUUUAGGAAACUUAGGUCAGAGGAAGUGAGCUGGUUAAUUUCCCUUACAUUUAAGGUGGAAGAAAAAUAGGAAAAGAAAAGCUCCGUUUAAACGUAGCCAGUGGAAUGGUAACACUGAUUUCUCCGUUUCUCACGAGGGCAUGAGAUUUUACGUAAGAGCGGUUAGUCAUGGGAUUUAACUUAUUCUUUGGCAAAUAUCUGUUAUCUGUGCAAGAAUUCGUUCAGAUGCUUCAUCUUCCCCUAAAGCUCAUUCGUGUCCAGGUCUAGCUCAUUUACUUUCUUCUAACAUCUUAUUCCCAUUAUAAAUACAAAUUCUGCUUCCUUUAUGAAGAAGAGAGUUUGGGAACCAGUGUUAUUCUUAGGGACCCUAUAGACUGGAAGGGAUUUACAUUUAUAUGGAAGAAUGGAGUCCUUCACUAGCAUUCCCAAAUAGGGUUUAUGGUUGUAGUUUAGGGAGCACCUUCGUCUUUUUAUUUUCCUGGUGAGGUGGUGUGGUCAGCCGAUGUAGCACUUGACAGAAGUGGCUG